GCUGCCGCAGUCGAGGAGUACUAUCAACUGUACCUUCCCAGUGAUGAUCGGCCGCACGGCUACAUUAUUCCCGAGAUAGUGUCCAAAAUGCCCUGGACCGACCAGUUCUCCGUUGAACAUGAACACCCAAGACGCGUAACCAUCCUAGACGUCUCAAACCGAAGCGACUUUGCCCGAACCAUCACCGCCGCUUUCCAAGAGCUCGUUGACACUUGCAUCGAUCGAAACCUAUUCCGUGUGCUGAGCGGACGCCACAGCGAACAUGUCACAAUCUUGAGCGCUCAAUACGAUCGACCCGUAUGUAUAGAGCGUUUUGCCGCCAACCUGUUCGGCGUGACGAGAAGUGGAGCCCAUCUCAUUGCGUAUACGACGUCCCGGAGUGAUGAGAUGAAGAUAUGGGUACCUCGACGGUCGCCGCAUCUGUUCACCUAUCCGAAUCUGCUAGAUUCCACGGUAGCGGGCGGAGUUAAAGCAGGAGCAUCACCACUUCAGACCGUAGUGGAGGAAGCUAAUGAAGAAGCAUCACUGCCGGAGGAGCUCGUCUGUCGAUGUGCUCGUUCGCGUGGAGUGGUCUCCCAUAUGGGACUUACCGGUAAAGGCUUCGCCGGUGAGCAAGGACUGGUCGAGCCGAACUACAUGUAUGUGUACGACCUGGAGUUGCCGGCCGAUAUUGUUCCGAGACCUCACGACGAUGAAGUCGAAGCUUUCCACUGCAUGUCUGUGGAAGAAGUGCAGACUGCGCUGUUGGCGGAGGCCUUCAAGCCGGACUCGGCGGCCGUCAUGGUGGACUUUUUGAUCCGACAUGGUUUCAUUACGCCGGAGAACGAGCCUGAUUUUGUGGAGAUCAGUAUGAGGUUGCAUAGAACGCUGCCUUUUCGGACGGGAUGA